AUGGAAGAGAAGAGGCAGAAAAAAAUGACAAAAUACAACGAAAAAAAGUUGUCAGUCGCUCUGAUUUCUAAACUGACUGAUGCCAGUGCGAAGUUCUGUCUGAGAAGUCCCAUCUUGAACAUGUUGAAAGCAUUCGAUACCGUCAGACCGUUUGCUGGAAAUCGGUUGAAUCUUAUUCUGGACCAUGGAAAGUUAAUCAAUAAUUACCUCAGUGUAAUGGGAUCGUAUAUUGAUGAACAAUUUAAGCUUUUGGUUGUCCCACUUGGAUUCACUCCAGCACUUGACGGGAAGAGCACUUUAGAGACUAAAAAUCUCAUCGUGAACAGAUUCGAAGAGUUUAAAAUUCCGGAAGAACUUGUAUUGUCAUCUUCUGUGACUGCAGAUGACAUUCGACGUGUUUCACACUCUUUGAAUCUUGUAGCUCAUCGUGCAGUUGUUCCGUUGGAUAUUCACAAGAAUCGAAUGACCACAGAAGAAUUAUCCACACUUUCCGCAGUUUCAGAUCUGAUGAAAAACGCUCAAAAAGUCUCAAACGCUAUCCGUACGAAUGUGAAUCUAUGUAGUAGACUAUCAAGACUGCCAGUGUUAUGCGUUGAGGCCCGUUGGAUCAUCGGAAUUAAAUGUUUAACUGACGUCGUUGAACUGUCGGAGGAAAUUCAGGCGAACUUUUCUGCCCUAUCGUCUAUUGGCAAACAAGCGUUCUCUGCUCUGAAUUUGGAUAAUUUCAAAUUUGCUAAAACUGUCGUGAAAUUUUUUGAAGAAAUCGAGAUGUAUACUAACGUUUUUCAAAAUGCCAUCUAG